UGCGAUUACGAUAACACAUAGCGAUACUUUUUUUUUGCCACGAAUUGCAAGUUUCGUCGCGCAUUUUAAGCUUUUUUGUACAAACUAAAUUAAAAGUAACGACAAAUCUUAGAGAUUGACGAAGAAGAAACCCCUACGCGUUCAGUGAAUUUUAUAAGACCACAAUCUGUAAAUUAGAAUUCUACAAAAUCAACAAAGAAAAACGCCGGCAGGAGCCGUAGCGAGCAGGGUAGAGAGGGGAAAUGACCGUGGACGUGGGCGGCGGCGUCAGGGGUCUGCUCACUUGGGAGAAGCAGGAGCACCUGGUUAAGCUAGCUAUUCUCAUUUUGGCAGCGGUUUUGUCGUUCGCCACGCGACUCUUCUCUGUGCUGCGAUUUGAGAGUGUGAUCCAUGAGUUCGAUCCGUACUUCAACUACCGCACCACCCGCUUCCUUGCGGAGCAGGGCUUCUACAAAUUCCACAAUUGGUUCGAUGACCGCGCCUGGUAUCCGCUGGGCCGCAUCAUCGGCGGCACCAUCUAUCCCGGACUGAUGGUUACGUCGGCGGCGUUAUACCGCCUUAUGUGGCUACUGAACAUCACCAUUGAUAUUCGGAAUGUGUGUGUCUUUCUGGCACCGUUCUUCUCCUCGCUGACGACACUGGUCACCUAUGCCCUCACCAAGGAGAUUCACAGCACUGGCGCUGGACUGGUGGCCGCCGCCUUAAUCUCCAUUGUGCCGGGCUAUAUCUCCAGGUCUGUGGCUGGUUCGUACGACAAUGAAGGCAUCGCCAUCUUCUGCAUGCUCUUCACCUACUACUUGUGGAUCAAGGCCGUGAAGACGGGCACCAUCUUCUGGUCGGCCAUGUCGGCACUGGCCUACUUCUACAUGGUCUCCUCGUGGGGUGGUUAUGUGUUCCUGAUCAAUCUAAUACCGCUGCAUGUCCUGGCGCUUAUGAUCACUGGACGAUUCUCGCACAGAAUCUACAUUGCCUACAGUACCUUGUAUUGUGUGGGCACCAUACUGUCCAUGCAGAUAUCGUUUGUGGGCUUCCAACCGAUACAGAGCUCGGAACAUAUGCUGGCCCUUGGCGUUUUCGGUCUUUGCCAGAUUCAUGCCUUUGUCGACUAUCUGCGAUCUCGUAUUCCCAAAGAGCACUUUGAGUUGCUCUUCAAGACCCUGGUCUCGAGUAUCCUGACUGUGGUCUUGGUUGUGGGCACUGUGGCGACCAUAACUGGAAAAGUAUCGCCCUGGACUGGGCGAUUUUAUUCAUUGUUGGAUCCGUCCUAUGCCAAGAAUCAUAUUCCAAUUAUUGCCUCAGUAUCCGAGCAUCAGCCCACGUCCUGGUCCUCCUUCUACUUUGAUCUACAGAUCUUGGUAUUUCUGUUCCCCGCCGGCCUGUACUUUUGCUUCUCAAAGCUCACCGACUCGAAUAUCUUUAUUAUUUUGUACGGAGUUACCAGUAUUUACUUUGCCGGUGUCAUGGUCCGUCUUAUGCUGGUCCUGGCCCCGGUGAUGUGUGUCCUAUCCGGCAUUGCCAUUUCGCAUCUGCUGGCCAAGUAUAUCAAGAGCGUGGAUGCGGGCAGUGCCGCCAAGCAGGGCGUGGAAAGCAAAAGGCAGUUCAAGAAGUUGGAACAGCAGACGGGUGGCGUUAAGAGCGAAGUGGCGAUUGGAUUUGUGGGCAUCAUCACUUUUAUGCUGAUCGUUUAUACGCUCCACUGCACCUGGGUGACCUCGGAGGCUUACUCCUCGCCCAGUAUUGUGCUCAGUGCCCGAUCCCAUGACGGGGGACGCAUUAUCUUUGAUGAUUUCCGUGAGGCGUACUAUUGGCUACAGAUGAAUACGCCAGAGGACGCUCGCAUCAUGUCCUGGUGGGAUUAUGGCUAUCAGAUAACCGCCAUGGCGAAUCGCACCAUUCUGGUGGACAACAACACUUGGAAUAACACGCACAUUUCUCGAGUCGGCCAGGCCAUGGCCUCGUCGGAGGAGAAGGCCUACGAGAUAAUGCGUGAACUGGAUGUGGACUAUGUCCUCGUCAUAUUCGGUGGCCUCACCGGCUACUCAUCCGAUGAUAUUAACAAGUUCCUGUGGAUGGUGCGGAUCGGCGGCAGUACGGAUCGUGGAGCCAACAUCCGUGAAAAGGACUAUUAUGCCGCCAAUGGUGAAUUCCGGGUGGACAAGGAGGGAUCACCCACACUACUUAACUGUUUAAUGUACAAGAUGUGCUACUAUCGUUUCGGGCAGAUGUACACGGAAGGUGGCAAGGCGCAGGGAUAUGAUCGUGUCAGGGCCGCCGAGAUUGGCAACAAGGACUUUGAGCUGGAUGUCCUGGAGGAGGCAUACACCACAGAACACUGGCUGGUGCGCAUUUACAAAGUCAAGGACUUGCCCAACCGUGGCGUCUAAAAAAAAAAAAAAUAAAAAAAACAAAACUCGAAUCAAACAAAAAAAUAAUUACAAACGGCAAGCAUUCCAAGCUAUCCAUCUCUUUCUAUUCUAUGUUUGUACAUUAGCCCUGUCUCUCUCACUCUAUCUCUCUAUGUAUCUGCUGCCUCUUUCUAAGGAAAUCUCAACUAAAAAAAAUCUCCAACUCACUGAGUAUUAAAAAACAAUUAAUUUUCCCUGCCAUGCAUUUAGUUUUAACAGAAAUUCGAUGAAUUUUUUUUUUUAAACAAUAUUUUUAAUAAUUGUCUCCACUGUACAUGAUUGGCAAGGUCGCCGUCUAGCGAAUACAAAGCAAAUCGAACGAAAUAUAUAUGUACAUGAAAAAAGUGAUCAAAUUAAA